CCCUCAAAACCCUAGUUGUUUCUGAACACGAACAGAGAAGCCGCCGACAUGAAGAAGAAGAAGCAAAAGCAAACCAACAACGUCUCCACCGCCGCUGCGGCUGAUAACGACAUUGGUGGUGACCUGGGAUCGUCAAUCCAGUUACAUAGUGAUUUUUUCGAUCACUUGGUAGAACUAAUACCGUCGAGAUUCUACCUAACGAACGAGGAUGAUUCGAAAACAUGGUUCGCAGGACUUUCCAAAGCUGCGCAAGGGUACGCCAAGCACGAGACUCGUAAGCAUCGUAAGCUCGCCCGCCGCAAGCGCUUCGAUCCCGAUAAUGAUCCCUCCACCCUUCACCUCCUCGAGCAACAACAGUCUAGCAAAGCGCCAGACCCCGAGGAGGGCGAGCUCUUCAAUCUCGAGGACGAUGCCAAGCACGAGGCUAAGGAGAAAUCGGUGACUUACGAAGAGCUGAGAGAGAAAUUGCAUAAAAAAAUUGAAUUGCUGCGAGCAAAUCGCAUUGAGAAGACCCCUGGUGGAAGGAGGGCGAGGAGGAAGGAUAGGUUUAAGAGGAAAAGGGACAGUGAGAGCGAUGGCGGCGGCCAGAGUGAGAAGGAGGAGCGCGGGGACGAUGACGGGGAGGAGAUUAUUGAAUAUGGGAAGGUGAAUUUGGGAGAUGAAGAUGAAGGGAAGCAACGGAAGAAGAACAAGAAGCGAAAAUUGUCCAAGGCCAAGGAGUUGGAAAGAGCAAAGACAUUCCAGGAGGUGAAGAAGCAGAAUCCAUAUGUUGCCGAGAGGGCGUCGUGGAAGGCUGCAACAAGCAGGGCGAUGGGGGAGAAGGUGCAUGAUGAUCCACGGUUGAUUAAGGAGAGCAUGAAGAGGGAGAAAAGGAAGAAGAUGAAGAAUGCUGAAAAGUGGAAGGAGAGGGUGGAGUCGCAGGAGAAGAUGAAGGAGGAGAGGCAGCGCAAGAGGAAGGAAAAUAUUGAUGGUAGGAUCCAUGAGAAAAAGAUGAGGAAGAUUGCCAAGCGCGAGAAGAAGUUAAUGAGGCCUGGUUUCGAGGGUCGGAAGCAAGGGUUCAUAACAGACGAGUGAAGGGUUAAUAUGAUAUCCAACUAUAUUGUUUAAUCUGUCUUGUUUUUUUAAUUGAAUACUGCUUGUCUCAGUUGGGUUAUUUAUCAGGGAAUUUUGUUCUAAUAUGCACCUACAAACUGUGCUUGUUGCUACUUAUAUGUUGCAUUAUGAUCAAGAAAUCAAUGGUUUCCUUGCGGCA